CCUCAUGAUUUACUCGCCUCUUGCUGAUAAAGAACUUUAACAGCAAGACUAUAAAGAUGUCAGACAACGAAGUCCAGUACACUUCUGUUGUUUUCAAAAAAAAGAGAUCAACAAGAGCUAAAGAAGAAGAAGAGGUUGUGUAUGAUGAUGUGAAGCCAAGCCAAGCAGCUCGGGAAACGACUGUCACAAAGGGACGUUUGUCAGACAAAGAAGCAAAAAGACGUCGCUUGUAUCAGAAGUUGGUUUAUUGUUUUGGGAUUCUAUGUGUGAUUUUGGUGAUGGCCUUUAUUGGAGUCAGUGUCUACUGUAAGUAUGUAAAGAACAUUUUUAAGACUGAAACAGGAAGAUGUUUUGCAGUUGUAUCUCUUGACAAGAGAGACAAACCCGAGCUGAAACAACUAAAAGACAACCAAACUUUCCUGCUAGAUGAAAUUUACAACAUGACAAACCUCAACAACAAAAUCAGUUCUGAUUUCAAAACCUUGGCUCAAAACUUCACAAACUGCAAAAAACAAAGUUCACAAUUCAACAUCCAGGUUCAAAACUUGACACAACAACAAAACAACCUGACAGCAGAAAUUAGUCAAGUUAAACAGAACAACCACGACUUGCAUACAAAAAUGAAAACUCUCAGAGAAGAAAUAAAAACUUGUGAAGAGCAGAAACUCAGUCACGUUCUGCAGAUCAUUGAUGAAUACUGUCCCAAAGGAAACAAUGUGAGACGGUGUAGUUCUUGUCCAAACGGCUGGAUUCACUUUCAGUCCAGCUGCUAUGUAGUUCAUAAUCCUGAACCUAGUAAUCAGAAAACCUUGGAAGAAGCACGAGAAGACUGCAGAAGAAAGGGUUCCGAUCUGACUAUUGUUGGAAAUGAAAUAGAAAAGAUGUUUGUUGAUGGCACUAGCUGGAAGGAUGGCGAUGGUUUAAUAAAAGGGUUCUGGAUUGGUCUCAGAGUUGAAGAAGGGAAAUGGAAAUGGAUGGACGGGAGUGAUCUGACCAAUCAAGCCUGGAUAAACCAGCAGCCUGCAACUGAUGGUCAAUGUGUAACUUCUCUCCAGAACCAAGAAUGGACAUCAGUGAGCUGUACUAAAACAAACGGCUGGAUCUGUGAGAAGAAGGCUUUAUCUGUUUAAACAUAAAAUGUUAAGAUUAUUUGAAAAACCUGGAAAGAAAAUAUCUUAACAUUUUAUUAAUUUUAUUUUACAAAAGCUGUCAUGUUCUGCUUUUCUGUGUAUUCAUUAUAAUAUCAACAGCAAAUGUAAUUUCAUGUUAGUUUAUUAACCCUCUGGCAUGGCGUUGCCCUCAGGCAACAACCACAUAUCUGUACCUCCCAUUGCUCCUUUAUUUUAUUUUUGGGGGUAUGAUUUAAAGUACCACCAGACAUACUUUUGUCCAAAUAAAAGACGUAUUGAUGAUCAUGUGACCUUUUACUUUGAAGAGAAGCAGACCUUUUUAUGAAGCAGAGCUGUAUUCUACACCUUGACUCCUAAGUUAGAAAUUACUUUUCUUCAUGUUUAAAUUUUGGGUAACUCUAACUAAAAAUAUUUUUAUGUCUGUGAGUAUGUAAAGAAGCAUGGUAGAUCAUUUCAAAACAUUUUUUAAAUAUAAUUUACAGUAUAUGCUAAAACUGUGUUUUUUUGUUUGUUACCUCAGGGCAACAUUGCACAGUUGGGGCCCUUUUGCUCAGACAAUAUUAUUCUACUGCGUUGAUAUGCAGUUGAUUACAAAAUAAUUAUCAAAGCCAAUUUUUUAACUUUAUUAUUGACUAACAGCA